CCGGUUUUACCAAUGGAAAACGCUAUUAGUUCUGACAUAAUUUUCAAGUUAGUAUUUCUCUUAAAUAGAUAGGAUUAUUAGGUUUGAUUUUCUUUUACCAUGUCGGCAUCUAUCCGAUUUACUUCAGCUCUGAAGGAAUUAAGAAUUCACUUAUGUCAAAAAAGCUCCGCGAGUAAAGGAGUCAGGGAAUUUAUCGAAAAACAUUAUGUUGAACUGAAAUCGACAAAUCCGAAAUUUCCUAUUUUAAUCAGGGAAUGUUCAGACAUAGAACCAAGACUGUGGGCAAGAUAUGAGUUUGGAAAAGAGAAAAGUAUUUCACUGGCAAAUUUAACUUCCAAUGAUGUGUUAUCAAGGAUAGCGUCGAUGGCAAAUUAAUUAGAAGAGGUUCUGGUGUGUAGUUAUUGCUAAAAUUAUAUUUGAAAUAGUACCUGA